CUCGUCUAAGAAACUCGAAAUAUUUAAAAAUGGAGAAGUCAACCUCCAAACUUGUCUCUUUCUUGCUCGUUCUCUUCAUCGUUGCUCACUAUGGAGAGGUAUCGAGAUUUGGAAGAGCAGAGGCAAGAGGUCUUCUAACAAGUCACCUUUUCGACCACUGCAAAACAGAUGCGGAUUGCCAGGAUCUGUGUGGAAAUAAGUGCAUGAUUCCUGAAUAUUCUAUAUGCGGAUGUGCCAAUAAUCAAUGUGGUUGUCAAUCUUCACUAUUCCCAGUUGACAUUCCUGUGGCCAUCCAAGGAAAAAAC